UUUUACGUCGUCUGAGCAUUUUUCAGUUUGUUUUGUUGUGUGGGGAGUGUUGAGCGUUCUGAAAGCUUUGCCUAGCUCCAGUGUAAGCAGGCUUGAUUGGUCUGGCUCGCUGUGCUAGCUUCCUUAUGGCGUCAUGACUAUCCGUAGGUACGUUUACAGAGGCCUGAAAUUGCACGAGUUAAAACGCUCGACCGUGUCCAACGAGGGGAAGACAGUAUUCAAUGCAAAAUGCCAGGAAAUCGGUAACCAGAUCUUCGGUACUCGGUCAGCCCCCUUGGCUUUCAAGGAUGAAUUUUUCAUUAAUACCUUCUCUCGGCCACCCUGGCCUAAGAACUUAGACGAGGAAUGGAGAGCAAGACGUAACAACAUUGACCAUAUUGCCAAGAAGAUGGUGUCGCAGGGCAUCAUGAGGGAUGAGCAUGCUGACUUCAAUGAGUUCAUCAAUAAUGCUCGCAUCGCUCGUGGAAAGGUUCGACUGACAUGCUGGGAUAUAUUUGUCAGGAGAAAGAAGCACAGAACGCCAGAGUGGCUCGCUGCCAAUCCCGAAAUUGCUGCACUGUACCCGAAGGAUUAGUCAAGCUACAAGCUACGUCUUUAGUGUUGGUUGAGAUAUUGUCAGUGAACGCUCAUUGCUGGAGCAGAGCAGUAGGUCGCAGCAUUGCUGGAGCAGAGCAGUAGGUCGCAGCAUUGCUGCAGCAGAGCAGUAGGUCGCAGCAUUGCUGGAGCAGAGCAGUAGGUCGCAGCACAUGCAUUACAUUCUGGUAUUUACUAUUUUAGCACACGUGUACAGCUGCGCUGGCAUUGCAGAUGACCUGAAAUAAAUCUGAUGAGAGAUCAA